CGCAAAAAUAUCUUCUUCCUUGACAGCUUGUUCAUCCGAUUCUCGGGGUCCCUCGACGAAGAGGCGCUCCGAUGAGCUCUCGACCGGCGCUCGUCUCUUCGCCGGCGGCGGCGCUGACACACCCUCACAGGCGCUGCCUCUUUCUCAGACCCACGUGUGCUUCGAGAUCCUCCCGUGGCCUAGCCUGUGGCGGCAGUGCGCGGUACCAGCCGCAGCCACGCCUCGUGGCGGCGGAGUCGCCUCCGCCGCUCGCCGCCGGCGCCGUCCGGAGGGACGCCGAGACGGGGCUCGCCUUACUCCUCGUCGUUCUCUCUGCGGUGAUGAGCUUCUUUCUGUCACUCACUAUAUUAUCGUUUUCAGCAUGCAGGGCUCUGCAGAAGUUGGAAACUGCAGCAAAUAAACUGUCAAAAGUAGUUGCAGAAGAAGUACCUGGAACUCUAUCUGCACUAAAGCUGUCCUUCUUGGAGAUCAAUGAUUUAACUAGCCAGCUAAAGAACCUUAGGAAGAGGCUCACAUUAAGUAGAUUUGGGAAGGAGAGUAGUAUUAAAGCACAUUCUCGGACUGCAUGGCCAAAACAGGGAGAUACAUGAAAUUAAUCUGCACGUGAAAUGUUGGUUAAUAAGGUAACCCUUGCUGUCGACACCAAAUCUUUGCACUCUGAUGUGGAAGGAUCUAUCCGCCAUAUCUGGACCUCCCAAACCUUUCAGAAUCAGGAAAGUUUUAGACCAUAAGUCUGAGAUGAAUCAAGAAAGUUUUAGACCAUAAGUCUGAGAAGAUUGAAGUCAGAAGCUGUGCAAAUAACUGAAAUAUUUGAAGAUACAAGAAUUGGACAGCAAGAGGCAAGCUACGUACACAUUGCUGUAAAUGUGGCAGGCUAAAGGCAUGCAGUGACCACUACCAAAUAAUUAACAACCACUUGAAGAUACUGAAAGUUCAAUGAAGAAUUAUCAAUGAACUAUGUGAAUGGAACCAGAAUGUCCACUCCCUUCUCCAUUUUCUGCUGCGAAGGUGGCAUGCAAGAGACCGCUGUCAAAUCCUUAACAACCUCCUUGAAAAUGUCAAGUGCUGGAGCUGCAAAGAAGCAUGAUCGGUGAAUUAUGUUAAUGCAAUGAAAAUGUCAACUUCCUUGUCCAUUUUUCUUGUGUUCCCCUGCACAAGGUUUCUGUUAGAUCAGGUCCGAUGAUAUUGUGCGAAUAACUUCAGCUUCACUCUGCCAACUACUGUUUAUUA